CAAAUUAAAACCAACAAGAUGGAAAAUGACAUACUACUGUAGGUGUCGAUUGGCGUUGCGCUGUGUGCAGCUGGCAUCACUGCACUGCACACAUAUAUAUCCUGCAAUGCUUCAGCGGCACGACGUGGCGGUGUGGACGUAUGGUCGUCACGGAUGAACAACAUGCAUGCUCGCACUGUUGUUGGUUCGUGGGAGCUCCCCGUUCGUUCGGUGGCCCGUGCAUUCAAUGCCUCCUUGACCCUAAACCAAAAUUACAAGUAGAAGAUCAAUGCAGAAACAGUACAGUAAUCCAAACAGCGAAUCCCACCAAGCUUUUACUGAGCCCAGCAACCAGGCUGUCAGGAACGACACCAACCAAGCAAGCAAUUCUUCACUGGUCUUGGUCGCUUCCGAGUUCCUUCACGGUUAAUUUCUCGCCACCAGAUGCCAAAUUGGUGGGGAUGUACACGUACACACGCGCAGAGGGUGGGAGAGAGAUGGGGCACAUGGGGUGCUUGCUGCUGAGGACAGAAAAGAGAGAGAGAGAACUUGCAAUGGCUUCGCUGGUCUCGUCCUAAGUAGGCCAUGGCAGUGGCACUGGAAUCCAACCGUAUUUUGUCUGUCAAGUCUUCCCUCACCUCCUCUCUCUCUCCUCGACAUGGAGGCUGAGAGGUCAGAGAUUAGAUUAGAAAAAAGGAAGGCGAGGCCAGCCAUACGCUGCACGCAUACGCACCAGCGCGCAAUGCGAGGUCCCCAUAUUCUGUAAUCUUCCUCACCCAAGUCACGAGCCUGCCUGCCUGCCUGCACUUCCCUCCUGGCCAUACGCCAUAGGAAGAACAGGACACGGACGGAGGUGAGGGCACCACUCGGAAAUCCUGCCAUCCUGCUAGCUGGAGGGGCUGUAGCUGGACAGUGACUGAGAGUGAGAGGCAGCAGCGGUCCGGUGGCUGGCCUCCUUGCUGGAUGCUCGCCGUCAGGGAGGUACGACGAGCACGACCGCCUCUCCCUCCCGGGAGCGUUCCCUCUCCGGCGAGGUCCCUCCUCCGGGAAAUGCGGCGGGGCAGUUACAAAUGACAUCUUCUUCUUCUUCUCCUUCGUAACCUGCUGCAAAGGAGGGCAACCUCCUGCAUUUCCGGGUUCUCUUUCCACGAGAAGGGAAGGGGGAACCGGAGGAUGCCGGCCAAGUACCUGGGGGCGUUGGCGGAGGACAGGCGCCCGGAUCUCUAUCGCCAGGUGGGCUGCGUCACCGGGAUCUUGCAGGCCUUCGACCGCCGCCACCAUCUCGCCUCCUCCCACAAGAGGCUCCUCCCCCCAACAGGCCAUGCACCCAGCAAUCCAAGCAAAGGGGGAGAAUGCACGAGAUAUUCACCCCAGGUUGUUCUGGAGAAGAACUCGAGUAAAACUUGGGCUGAUAGCCAAAGAGCACCAGCAACAGAACUAUCUCAAACCUCAUAUUCAUCAUCACCCUCUUCGUCAUUCUCAUCCCUUGAUGGCAACAGGUCAACACAACAAGACCUAUCAUCCACUGACCGAAUGCUAUUUCCAGAGAGGCCGUUUAAGAGCUCGCCGAAGCUCAAGAGUUCUUUUGACAGUGACAAUGGACUCGACUACCCUGAUGAUGCGCUUACCAAGUCCAAGAACAUGCCCAUAGUUCAAUCCAGCCUGCCAACUCUUGGUAUAAGAAAUCUUGUGAAGGAUUCAAUCUACAAGGAUAGCCAUGAAUUGUCAGUCAGAAUUAGCACUGAAGAAGAAGUAAAAGAUCACCCAUCCAACUGUGGAGAUCAACCUAUGCAAUUGAAUGGGCCUCACCAUGACAGUACACAAGGAAAAAGCAAGGGUCUCAUGGACAUCAACGAAUCGCUUCGAGUGCUAGCCAAGCUCAGGGAAGCCUCGUGGACUCCUCCUGAAUCUGUUCAUCAUGCAAGACUCUCAUAUGAUGCUCCUCGGUUCUCAUACGAUGGAAAGGAAGCAACAUCAAAAUUGAGGGAGGUACCGAGGUUGUCAUUGGACAUCAAGGAAGGUCACCUUUGGAAUCGUGAAAUUGACUCUAGGUUGGACCCAAGCUUGAGUUCUGCAGACAGAAACAGCAACACUGUUACUGGGUCCAAUGCAGCUUUCGAGACCCAGCAGGAACAGCCUGCCUGCAAGCGGCUUCCUAGCGUUGUUGCAAAGCUCAUGGGUUUGGAAGAGUUGCCAGAGCAUAAUCAAAGUACAGCAUCAUCACAUGCAUGCAAUACCGUUCAAGAGAACAAGCAAGAUGCCAUGUUGAACUCCUUGAGCAUCUCCUACCAGUACGAGCAUGCUCCUCAACAAGAAAGGAAUCCUGAUUCAACUGUAAGAAAUUUACCCAACUCUAAGUUCCCUGUCCAAACUGCACCAUGGAAGCAACAAGAAAGGAUUGUCCUUCCACGAAAACUGCCAAAGGGAUCAAAAGGAGCCCACGGAAGAGAACCUGCUGCACCAUGGAACCAGCUGAAGGAUCUUGAUUUUCAGCAACCAAACAAAGACCUUAGAGCACUUAAACAGAUUUUGGAUUCUGCAAAAGGACUAUUAGAAAAUAAGAAACGGGAGGAAGCAUUUAUGCCAAAGCUAUAUAAUGGAAACCAUGAUGACCAAGAGAUGGCCAGUGCGAACAUGAGACUGAACCGUAACACCAACAACAUGUGGAUGCCUGAAGAGAGCAACGCUGAAAGCUCUUUCAAAUCGCCUAUUGUGAUAAUGAAACCUUCAAAAUCUGCAAACCUUUACAGCAAAGUGGAUUCUUCUGUCUUCCCAUUAGGAGGUUCAUCUGAUCUCCCACAGCCACAAACAAGCAAUAGCACUGAUAGAAGGAAAGCUUCAACGAUUAAUAGAACCGCCAAAGGGCAAUAUGCGAAAUUGAGUCCAAGGGUGCCUACUUCUCAACCCCUUGUUUCUUGUGACAGGAGAUCAUAUGGAAGGAAUGAUGAUAGCAGCAACAACCAAAAAUCUAGUUCACUGCUGGUCACUGAGAGCUCAACCAGAAGACAGCAGCUGCCAAGGAAUAGUAGCGUAAGUAUGCAAAAGAACAAAAAUUCCACUAGCCCAAAAUUACUACAGAGAAAACUUGAUCCAGAGCGGAGGGCUAGACCACCUAUUCCUUCUGCUGAGUCUAACAAAAGCGAAAGGCAAUCUGGAGAUAGGAACAAUUCAGAAACAGUGUCACCCCGAAGCAAAUUCAGAAGGAAACUUGUGCGCCCACAAGGUGAUGAUGGCAUGCCCAUUGGAUUGAACAACAGGACAAGGAGCCUGUAUCAGCAUGACAAUGAUAUGUCCAUAAGGUCAGAUGGCAGUAUAAGUGUUGCUUCAGAGCUGGAUAUUAUAAGCAAUGACAGAUCUACAGGAGUUAAUAUUUCUAACUUUGAGCAAGGCAUUGGAACUCCAUCUGGAAGGAACCCACAGAAAGUGAAAACCUCAUACGAUGCAAAUAUGGACGUGCCAUCUGUAGACCCUUCAGCUGCUAUUUCGGAACGGCCCAGUCCAGUUUCUGUGUUGGACUCUUCAUUUGAUCAGGAGGAUUUGUUCCCUACCAGCAGGACUCCAAAUUCACUUGCUGUUGAUGAUGAGCGCGAAACAUUAGAGGAACCCUGGAAACCAUCUGUCGCUAUACAGUCCAAGAACAAUAAACUCGCAAAUGUUGCGAGCUUGCUUGAGAAGCUCCAGCAGCUUAGCGUGAACAAGGAUGAGGAUGCACCUCCGGUUGACCAUAUUGCUUUCUUGUGUGAGACAGAGAGCCCAGACCACCGCUACGUGUCUGAGAUACUGCUGGCCUCCGGUCUUCUGAUGAAAGACCUAGGUUCAGGACAGACAGGUCUCCAGCUCCACUCCUCUGGCUACCCGAUCAACCCUGACUUGUUCCACGUGUUGGAGCAAAGGAAGGCUGGAUGGGUCAGUACACCUGAUGGCAUCCAUCAGAGCAGAAGCGGCACAAAAUCUGAUCCCAGGAGAGCGCACCGGAAGCUGAUGUUUGACACUGUGAAUGAGCUUCUCCUUCAGAAGUUUGAGAAGGAAACCGCCGUUUAUGCGCUCAGUUCCUUCACCAGAGCGAAGGAUCCACCUGCAAAGACUUUUAGCGGGCAACAGCUGCCGAAGUUCAUAUCUUCGGGAAUUGAAGAACUGGAUAUGGAGCGAUCGUCCAUCAGCCAGAAGGACAGCAGCGUGAUACCUGAUGCAGAGAUCCUGCGGAGGCUGCAGGGAUGGACGAGCUUCAGCAAGGAGCUCCCGGGGAUGGUGCUGGAGAUCGAAAGGUCGAUAUUCAAGGAGCUGGUGGACGAGGUGGUGCAUGGGGAGUCUGCUGACGGCCCGGAGAUGAAGGCUGCUGGCAGACGGAGAAGGCGGCUCUUUGCUUGAUACGGUUUGUUUGACCAUCGCCAUCCACCAUUUGGAUGGGCCUGAUUUGUGAAGCUGUAACUUUGUUUGUCUUGCCAUGAGAGUGAGACCCUAUUUCAUCUCAAGAGAAGAGGGAGAGAGAGGGGGUAGCGCAGAUUUGGUGAGAGACCCGAAAAUGGGCAUUCGUUCGUGCUAUAUAUAGAUACUAUGUAUACCAUUGUUUCUUGACUCCUUGUGAUUUACUGUGGAUGAUGCUAUUUCAGUAAAAAAAAUGGACGAAUGACAGUUGUUUUUUGCCAUGUAAAAGGCAAAUUAUA